AUGUCGCCGCCCAUAUACGCCACCAACACCCGCGCUCUCUGCAUCUCGCUGAUCAGGCUCCCUUGGUCCGACGCCAUCCAGCUCGCCAAGGCUGUCAGGGGCGACACGGAGAUCCUGGACUGCCUUUGCCAUGACAUGUAUAAGAGUGGGCUUCAUCGCAUCUACGGCGAUACCCGCUACUGGAUCAGCACUGGUCCUAGUGGCCGCGUUGAUCGCCGCAACACUCACUACGCAAGGAUCAGCAGGGAGUUUCCCAUCACUCUCGUAUUCAGGGACAAUAGCUUCUUCGACAACUUCGAGAUCCUCGACAAUACCACUGGCCCUUCUGAGAUCGAGGCUCUGCUCGUCUUGAUGCACCGGAUGAUCCCUGCCCAUCUCGUACACAGGGAAAGGGACUGA